AUGAAGGCCUUAAGAAGAUGCAGGAAUAAUUUAGAGCCUGAUAAUGUAGUUUUGAUAGACGUAGAUACUUAUAAUUUCAAUACCGUAAUCGACAUUGAUCUGCUUGAGAGUCUUGCAAAGAAACGAGGAGGAGGUUCAAGUGGAUUGACAAAUGACAAGAAUCGCCCUUCAAGGACAUACAUCUACAUAGACGAAGAUGAAGAUGAAGAAGAAGAUGAUGAUGAUGAUGAAAUCCCGAGUGAAACAAACUUUGAAAAUGUUGCUUCAUCAAGCAGCAAGAGAUAUGAUCCCGGUGUUGAAGAAAAUAUCUCUCCAUUGAAGUUAUCAAAAGGGAAAAGAACUUAUAGUUUAAGCACUCGGUUUGAUGAUGAUGAUGAUGAUGAACAUAUUGAUUGUGAAUUGAUGGAGGAUUCUUCUGGGAAACUAAGGGAGGAGUGGGAAAGAGCUUUUUUGAAGAGAAAAGGUGGCAAGAAAAACCAAGAUCAGUUUCCGGACACUUGUGUUUGUAGUAGUAAUGGUAAUGAGGAGGAGAGUGAUGAUGUCAGCGUUGAGAACUCUAUUAUUGAUCAACGUGAAAAGCUUAAACAGACUGAUGAAUACAAGCGGGCAUUAGAGCAAGAAUUGUCAGCCAGGAAAAUAGCCUUAAAGAUCCAGGCAGAAGAAGCUCAGCAGUUGCGUCGUCUGCAAAAAAGAAGAAAAGCCGAAAGCUUGCGUUUAUUAGACAUGGAGAGAAGACAAAAGCAACGUGUCGAAGAAAUCCGUCAAACUCAAAAAAAGGAUGAGGAAAAUAUGAAUUUGAAAGAAGAAUACCGCAUGGAAAUUAGACAAGAGCUUCAGAAGCUGGAAAUCAUGUGUCCUGAUAUGGCUUCAUUAUUGCGUGGUUUAGGCAUCCAAGUUGGUGAAGGUCCUUGCGCAUCAUCUAAUGAGGUGCGUGUAGCUUAUAAGAGGGCAUUACUGAGCUUUCACCCAGAUAGAGCCUCCGGAUCUGACAUGAGGCAGCAGGUUGAGGCUGAAGAAAAGUUUAAACUUAUAUCGCGCAUGAAGGAGAAAUUUUCCGUAUAAAAAGUCUGUAAAGCUUUACAAACAUUUAUUUACUGAUACUUUUACUGUUUUCGUUAAAUAUCAAAACUCUCUUUGGUUUUUACCUAGGAUUUUUAAUUUUUCCAAAUCCUUAUCUGUAAACGAAUUACAGCUUGUGUUAUCAAGCAGUUUUUGUUGUGUUUUUUCUUUUACCGAUUUGGAUGGUAAUGGUUAAAAAUAUGGAGUUACACAAAUGGUGUUUGUUUCUAAAUUAUAACUCUUGUUUGGUUAUGUAAUCAUUAUUUGCUAUAUUAUCGAAAAUUGAAUUGAGAUUUUUAUAUAUA